GCUUGCAGAGUAACUGCAGGAGGGACGGCAGGAAGGCUCUGCUGAAAUCUGUGCGCGCAAGUGGGAAAUGGAGAAAUCCCGGCCGCUAUGGGACAAUCCCUUACAGUUUGUUUUUGCUUGCAUUUCUUAUGCCGUGGGGCUGGGAAAUGUAUGGAGGUUUCCAUAUUUAUGUCAGAUGUACGGAGGAGGAGGCUUUUUGAUCCCGUAUUUUAUCAUGCUGAUUGUGGAGGGGAUGCCACUGCUGUACCUGGAGCUGGCGGUGGGGCAGCGCAUGCGGCGAGGGAGCAUCGGCGCCUGGAAAACGAUAAGUCCCUACCUCUGCGGGGUCGGCGUUGCCAGCGUCGUGGUGUCCUUCUUCCUCUCCAUGUACUACAACGUGAUAAACGCCUGGGCCUUCUGGUACCUCUUCCACUCCUUCCAGGACCCCCUGCCCUGGGCCAGCUGCCCGCCCAACAGCAACCGCACGAGCUAUGAGGCCGAGUGCGCACGGACGUCGCCCACGCAGUACUUCUGGUACCGGCGGACCCUGAACAUCGCGCCGUCACUGGAGGCGAGCGGGGGGCUGCAGUGGGAGCAGGCACUGUGCCUGACGCUGGCCUGGCUCAUGGUCUACCUCUGCAUCCUCCGCGGCACCGAGUCCACCGGCAAGGUUGUCUACGUGACCGCUUCCUUGCCCUACUGUGUUCUUAUCAUAUACCUAGUAAGAGGAUUAACGCUUCAUGGGGCUGUGAACGGACUCAUUUACAUGUUUACACCAAAGCUGGAGCAGCUGGCGAAUCCCAAGGCCUGGAUCAGCGCGGCUACGCAGAUCUUCUUCUCGCUGGGCCUGGGCUUUGGGAGCCUCAUCGCCUUUGCCAGCUACAACAAGCCGAGCAACAACUGCGAGCGACACGCCGUCGUCGUCUCGCUGAUCAACAGCGCCACGUCGAUAUUCGCCAGCAUCGUGACUUUCUCUAUCUACGGCUUCAAGGCGACGUUUAACUACGAAAGCUGCAUAAACAAGGUGAUACUGCUGCUGACAAACGCUUUUGACCUGGAAGAAGGCUCUUUGACAGCAGACACCCUUGGCGCAGUGCGAGCCCGCCUCGCGGCUGCCCACCCGCACCAGUAUGCAGAGCUGCUGCCACAGCUCAAAAACUGCAGCCUGGAAGCAGAGCUGGACACGGCUGUCCAGGGCACAGGACUAGCGUUUAUAGUCUAUUCUGAAGCAAUCAAAAACAUGGAGGUGCCGCAGCUGUAUUCGGUGCUCUACUUCACCAUGCUGUUGAUGCUGGGCAUAGGGAGCAUGCUGGGAAACACGGCUGCUAUCCUCACGCCGCUGACUGACAGCAAGUUCAUUGCCACCCACUUACCCAAGGAGGUGAUCUCAGGCCUUGUGUGCUUCAUUAACUGCAUCAUCGGCCUAACUUUCACCAUGGAGGCUGGAAAUUACUGGUUUGACAUAUUCAAUGACUACGCAGCCACCCUCUCGCUGCUGCUUAUUGUGCUGGUGGAAACCAUUGCUGUGUGUUACAUUUACGGGAUAAGAAGAUUUGAGAAAGAUCUUCAGACAAUGAUUGGACAUAAGCCAAGCUGGUAUUGGAAAAUUAUGUGGGCUUUUGCUAGUCCCUUGCUAAUUAUAAGCCUAUUUAUAUUUUACAUCACCGACUAUAUCCUCACAGGAACACUGCAAUACCAAGCAUGGGAUGCCACACAGGGGCAGCUGGUGAUGAAGGACUACCCCGGCUAUGCCCUGGCUGUGAUCGGGCUGCUGGUGGCCACAUCCACCAUGUGCAUCCCCCUGGGGGCUCUGGUAACUUUUAUCAGCAGGAGGCUGAAGAGGGAAAACAUUUCGACAGUUGCAUGAAUGCAGCCCCCUGGGCUCACGAAGACCUUUCCUGCAGGGCCAGUGACCAGGCGCUUCUGGAAGACCACAGCAACCUUCAUCUCUAGCAGCUGUUUAUAGAUUUGAGAACCUCGGGUGCUAUCUUUACCAAAGUGCUCUUGGGAGGCCCCACAACAGUUCAGAAAAAAACAGAAAAAAGCUCUUCUGUAACAGAUGAAACUUUAAGAUGGCCUCUGUAAGAGGAAUAAUAAAAAAAAAAAAGAACAGCAGCUCAUAAAAUGCUACUUAGCACAAAUUAACCAGUGUAUUGGCUAAUUAUGUAACAUUUAGUUGUUCUUCUCCAGUCUGUGGCACUGCUUCUGUGGAAAUACAAACUAAGCGUGUUCUUUCA